UUUAAAAACAAUUUUUAUGUUCCUGUGGCGUUUUGUUUUUUAAGUAACAAACAUACUGAUACUUACAUCAAUAUGUGGAAAACAUUACAAAAUAUAUGUAUUCAAAUUACUGGUAAUAUAAUAAAUUUAAGCAAUUUUCAUGUCGACUUUGAAAAAUCUGCGCAUAAUGCAGUAUUGCAAAUUUUCCCUUACUGCAAAAUCACGUGUUGUAACUUUCAUUUAGGGCAAAUUUGGUUUAGACAUAUUCAACAACAUAAAUUAUUAUCGAGCGAGUACUUAAACAACGACUCAGAAGUUGGCGAAUGGAUGAAAUGUUUUUUUGGAUUAAGUUAUUUACCUCCUGACGAAGUUUCUGAUGGAUUUUGUGAUCUUAUGUCGAUAGCACCAAGUACUACGUCUAGUAAUAUUUCUAUAUUUUCCGAUUAUAUUUUAGAAAAUUACAUUGCAUCGGACAGCAAUUUUCCUCCAACAUUAUGGACUUAUAAACCUACUAAUAAUCCUAAGACUACUAAUGGUGCAGAGAGUUAUCACAAACAAUAUAACAGUCAGUUUUACUCUGCUCAUCCGCACAUACAUCAAGUAAUCGACGUCAUUAUUGAAAUUCAAAGUGACACUGAUUUAAAAAUUAAUUCAAUAAACAAUAAAAUCAUAAAUUUCAAAGGAAAAGAGAUAAUUAAUAAGGAGAUACAAUUGGAAAACAUUUGGAAUGAAUAUAAAAAUAAUAUUAUUAAUCGUUUAACUUAUAUAAAGAAAAUCGGACUUAAAUGCCAUCAUUCUAAAUUAGUAUAA